CUCGCUGUGCGAGUUCGUCUGUCUGUUCGCUUCUGUGUCUCUGGGUGUCUGCGUUUCUCGGUCCCUGUCUCUGACUCUCUACAUUUCUGUCUGUGUGUCUGUCUCUCCUAAACCCUGCAUGUCUCUGUCUCUGCAGCCCUCUGCCUGUCUCUGUUGCACCUAGUCCCUAGGUCUCUAUCUCCCCAAAUUUCUGUCUCUGCCUCUCUCUCUGCCACUCUGCAUCUCUCUGCAUCUCUCUCCCCGCCUCUUUGAAUUUCUCUUGUCCCAGUCCAUCUUCAGUUCUCUCCCUCUGGCCUCCAGCCCCCUCCACCUUCUGUGUCCGGGUCUCCCUCCCGGGUCUGCACCCCCCGCCCGCCCACCCGGGCGCCUUGCCCUCCCAAUUUCCACCUCCGCCUACGGCUUCGGCGGGCCGCGGGCGCCCCCGUGUGGCCAUCAGGGGGCUGUCGCGAGAGGCCCGAGGGCUGAGUAUGGGCGCCCGCCGGGGCGUGCCGAGGGCGGGAGAGACACCGUGGCUGCCCCUGGGUGACACCGGGGAAUGGCGUGUGACGCCAACAGGCUGUGUGAGCGCGUACUACCGUGAGAUUGCGCGUGACGCCAGGGGUUGGUGUGUGGCUGUGAGAUUUUGUGACCACCAGACACAGGGUGUGACUGUGAAACCAUGUGUUACACGGAGAGGUUGUGUGCGACUGUGUUGUGGGAUGAGAGAUGACAUGCAGGUGACUGCGUGGGACCCCGUGAGGUUGGGUGUGCCUGAGACACUAUUCGGGGGACUGGUUGUGACAUCAAGAGACUAUGUGAGAGCGAGAGAUUGUGUGGCACAGUGUGCAACAUGGGGCGGACGCGAGCGCUGUGCGUGUCACACGGGCAGACGAUGUGUGACAGAGGGUGAGACCAGAUGAGUGGGACGCACUCAGGUGGCGUGAGAAGGCGUUGUGACAGGCCCCGCGGGGAAUGGGGGUGACAGAGGGACCAUGUGAGUGUGACAGUGUAUAUCAGCCACACUGACGGACUGUGAGAAACUGUGUGACUCUGUGUGACACCGAUCAGAUCGUGUGGGAUAGUGAGAGACUGUCACGGUGUCGUGACAGCGCGUGAGGGCGCGUGUCACUGUGCGGGGCACUCGGAGAUGAGAGGAUGAGCGAGGUCUUGUGCCCGUAAGCACGUGCGCCACUAGAGACUGCGGCGUGAGGGCGGGGACGGCUGUGUGCGGCGUGCACUGCGCGAAGCUCAGCAGGAGCUUGUGUGCAUGACAGCGUGUGGGGGGGACAGUCUGUGAGGGACUGUGUAAGGCUGUGUGUGACACCGGGAGACCGUGCAAGAGCGAGUAUGACUGUAUGUGGGGGUCACUGGAUGUGUGACCCCAUGGAAUGUCGUGUGACAACGCUCAACUAAGACGUCGUGUGAGUAACUCCAUGUCACCGUGUGAGACCCUGACAAAGUGUGGGUGAAGUUGCUGUCGGGGGCGAGACAGAAGUUUCAGCUGCACGUGAAUGUGUGUGAGGGACGUCUUGAGAGAUUGCGUGUGACACUGGGUGAAACUCUGCACACGGGACACUCUGCGAUAGGAUAUCUGUGCUUGUGCGAGGUGGCAUUGGCGAUGAUGUGCCACCCUCUGAGAGAUUGUGAGGGACCGUGUGUGGCGUUUUGAGGGGUCCCGCGGCUGUGUGUUCAGCGCGCCGGAUGGUCGUGAGACGGUGAGGUAGUGUGCACCUCUGUGUGAGGGGCUGGGGUGGGGUGAAACAGGGGCAGGUGUGACAGGUGGGAGAGCACGUGUGAUGGAGUGACAGGCUGUGCGGGACUCACAGGAGAGAUCUGUGCGACCGUGGGGUAAGGGCGGGGUGUGGGGCACGCCAGGAGAGCCUUCCUGCGUGUGUGUGCGUGUGUGUGUGCGUGUGUGUGUGCGUGUGUGUGUGUUUCAGAGGGACAGAGACAGAGGCAGGGGCAGAGACUGAGAGGGGAGACUGGGAGAGAGAAAGGGGGAGGACAAGAGACACAGAACAGGAGCGACAGAGACACAGAAACAGAAAGACAAAGAAGGGGACGGACAGAGACAGGGGACCCACAGAGACAGACCCAAGGCGGCCAGGGCGCAGGGGCCGGCCGCGGUGGCAGCAGGAGGAGGCGGCCCUCAGGGGCUGCGCCCCGGGGGAGGGGGCGGGGCGGGACUGGCGGCGGGGGACCCAGACGCGGUCUCCCAGCCUCCGCCACCUGCCCGCCAUCCCAGCCCGGAGCAGCAACAGCCAUGUCCAACAACAUGGCCAAGAUCGCGGAGGCCCGCAAGACGGUGGAACAGCUGAAGCUGGAGGUGAACAUCGACCGCAUGAAGGUGUCGCAGGCGGCGGCCGAGCUCCUGGCCUUCUGCGAGACGCACGCCAAAGACGACCCGCUGGUGACGCCGGUACCCGCCGCAGAGAACCCCUUCCGCGACAAGCGGCUCUUUUGCGUCCUGCUCUGAGUCUUCCCGACCGCUUGCCCUCCCCUGCCAAAGUAUGGAUCCAAUAAACGUGGUGAUUGUGGUGGUACCUGUGCUUUUGGGGAAACUGAGGCACGCCCAGGGCUUGGGGCCAUCAUGGGGGAACCUGUGUCCCUUCUCAUCCCUUCUGAGUAUGUGUGGAGUGUGUUGGGGGGUGAGGAUGUGCGGGGUGUGUGGGGCGUGGUGUGUGGAUGCAGAGGCUUGUGCAGGAGGAAAUGAGCAGUCUGGGCUCUGACCUCCACUGAGCACUCCAUGAUCCUGAAUUUAUUUAAUCGUUCCAAGAGCCCCAGAAGGCAGCUGGCUGAUUGUAGAGUAUCCAUUUUGCAGAUGAGGAAACUGAGCCAAAGGAGGUCCCUUACUCCAAGUCACACAGCUAGGAGGUAAUGAGGUGAAGACUGUGGCCUCCAGUGCCGAACCCCCGAACCCCUGAGCUGGCCUCUCUCCUCUCUUGGGUUGUAGAUUUUUAGGAGCCCCUGUGCCCAUUGCACCUUCCUCACCCCCUGGAUGAUUCCACCCCCUGCCACAAGCUUACCUCACCUCUGUCCUUAGCACUGAUCUCUGUUGUUCAUUCAUUCCUGUGGUACCUGCUCUGUGACCAGCCCCGCGCUGGGUGAAGCUGGGAACAUGGUUGUGACUGAGACAGCCCUGGCCUUGCCCUCUUGGGGCUCAGAAUCCAGUGGGAGAAACAGACCUGUCCCCAGAAAAUGAUGACCCAGAGUGGGCAGGGCUGGGGUGGGGGAGCCCAGAGGGUAUACUUGACUCAGCUUAGGGAUCAGGGAAGGCUUCCUGGAGGAGGGGACAUCUGAGCUGAGACAGGGUGGUAAUAAAACUUGGGGACCAGGAGGAGAGAGAAAUGUGGCUAGAGGGAGAGGAGACAAUUUAAUGUGUACCACUCUUUCCUUCAACAGUUAUUUCUUUGUUCCGGGGACACAGGGGUGACUAACAGCUCUGGCUCCUGCCCUGUGUUUCCCACUUCACACAUGGCUGGCCCACAGGACAUUUAUAGCCUGCAGUUCCAUUUAUGUUAUGUCGUCUUUUAUUUAUUCACUUAUUUUGGGUUCUCUACUUUUGGCCUACAUAAUGUUUAAAAAUGUUUUUGACUUGGUUGCCAAAUUGAAAAAUAGGAGUCUUUCACUUAAAAGUCCUUAUUUCCAGCUUCUCCCAAAUUGGAUGUUCGGGUGACCUCAGACCCAUAUACCCCUCAGGUUGACCCUAGGCUGGGAGGUGGGAUCUGGGCUUUCCAGCUCACCAAAGUCUCCACCAUGCCCUAAUGUCUCCUGCUUAAGAAGGCUGAGUGCCAGGUGUUAUUUAUCAGGGGCUUCUUC